AUGGCGACCUCACAACUCAAGCCCCUCCCCUUCUACGCCCAGUUCACCGCUGGCGCCAUCGCCGGCGUCACCGAGCUCCUCUGCCUCUACCCGCUCGAUGUCGUCAAGACGCGGAUGCAGCUCCAGGGCAAGGCCGAGAUCCCGGGCGCAGACAGGUACAAUGGCAUGGUCGACGCUUUCAAAAAGAUUAUCAAGAACGAAGGAGCUGGCCGGUUGUACCGCGGCCUGGUGCCGCCAUUGAUGCUCGAGGCGCCCAAGCGAGCCGUCAAGUUUGCCGCCAACGACUUUUGGGGCAAGACGUUCCGCGACCUGACGGGGGCCGACAAGAUGACGCAGGGGCUCUCGGUGCUGACGGGCUGCUCGGCGGGCGCGACCGAGUCGGUGGUGGUGGUUCCGUUUGAGCUGGUCAAGAUCCGCCUCCAGGACCGCGCCCAGGCGCACCUCUACACGGGCCCCAUGGACGUCGUCGGCAAGAUUGUCAAGGCCGACGGCGUCCUCGGCCUCUACGCCGGCCUCGAGUCGACCUUUUGGCGCCACGUGCUCUGGAACGGCGGCUACUUUGGCGUCAUCUUCCAGGUCAAGUCGCUCCUGCCCAAGCCCGCGGGCAAGGCCGAGGAGCUGCGCAACAACUUUGUCUCGGGCGCCAUUGGCGGCUUUGUGGGCACCGCGCUCAACACGCCCGCCGACGUCGUAAAGAGCCGCAUCCAGAACACGCCAAACGUGCCCGGCGUGCCGCGCAAGUACAACUGGACCUUCCCCUCGAUGGCCCUCAUCGCAAAGGAGGAGGGCUUCGGCGCGCUCUACAAGGGCUUCACCCCAAAGGUCCUCCGACUCGCACCGGGAGGCGGUGUCCUCCUCCUCGUCGUCGAAGUCGUCCUGGGCCAGUUUAGAAACCUCCUCGGACCGCCGUACAAGUAA